AUGGCCGAUUCCCACGGCCAGGAUUCGGGUAUCGAUGCGGAAGACGCCCUCGAGGCGGUGCGCCAGCGUGUCUCGGACACGACCCGCCUCGGCCGAGGCUGGAUGGACGGGGCGUCGUUGGAUGCAGGCAAGGUAGCUUUUGCCGCGAUUGUAGAAUAA